GGGUUCUUCCCAUCCAAUUUGAAGAAGAGGAAAAAAAAAGAAAAAAAGAUCCGUCUGAUUUUGCAACGACGAUUGUUCUUCAUAGAAGAACGGUUUUAAGUUUUUUAAUUUCUGAAAGAAGAGUAAUUUAUUAGCCUAAUGGCUGGUGUUUCCCGUGGAGUCGUCGGAGAUAGUGAAGCGGUAGCUACGGUUGAGCCAAGCCUGGGAGCUUCUCGCCGUCGGAGAUUGGAGCUUCGUCUCUAUAAGAUAAUAGCCGACGCCGCUGUUCAACCACCUUUAGAGAACGACCGGAAACGCAAGAAGCUGGAUCGUGAUCUAGUCCUUCCGGUAGCUUCUCGGGACUGUGUUAACGCAGUUCAGAACUCAGAUGAUACUGAAAAGCUACCAAAAGUUGACGGUCUUAAUAAAAAAGGCCUAUUUUGUAAUAGAACAUUGAAAUUAGGAACUGAAAUUUCCGGUGAAGGAGAAAAGGAAUGGCCGAAGUUCGGAAUAGCUUCCGUUUGUGGAAGGAGACGAGAUAUGGAAGACGCAGUUUCUGUUCAUCCUUGCUUUUGUAAACAAAGCUCUCAAGUUCAAAUUUCGCCGGAUAUUCAUUUUUUCGGUGUAUUCGAUGGCCAUGGCUGUACUCAUGUUGCGAUGAAGUGUAGAGAUCGGUUUCACGAGAUAUUGAACGAGGAAGUUGAAGUGUGCGGCGGUAAUUCGGAGGUUGAUUGGAAGCAGACGAUGCAGAGAAGCUUUGAGAGGAUGGAUGAAGAAGUUAAAGAAUGGACAAUGGACGACAGGGAGAGUUCGACUUGUCGAUGUGAGCUUCGAACUCCAGAGUGCGACGCUGUUGGGUCCACUGCGGUGGUAGCUGUUGUCACUCCGAAUAAGAUCAUAGUUGCAAACUGCGGUGAUUCCCGUGCUGUACUAUGUCGGAACAGCGCCGCUUUCCCCCUCUCCGACGAUCACAAGCCCGAUCGACCCGAUGAAUUGCUCCGGAUCCAAGAAGCCGGCGGGAGAGUAAUUUACUGGGAUGGUCCAAGAGUACUUGCCAUUCUCGCCAUGUCUAGAGCAAUCGGUGAUAAUUAUUUGAAACCAUUCGUUAUAUCGGAGCCUGAGGUGACAAUAACGGAGAGAAAAAGCGAAGAUGAGUGUUUGAUACUUGCGAGCGACGGAUUGUGGGAUGUAGUGACGAAUGAAACAGCAUGUGGCGUGGCACGUACGUGUUUACGCGCUGAAAGGCCGCCAUCGGCACCAAGGUCCGUGGGUAAUGAUGCGGCGGUGAAAGGUGGCGCAUCGGAGGGUUCUGAUAAGGCGUGUUGGGACGCAUCCGUUUUGUUAACGAAGUUGGCCUUAGCAAGGUAUAGCACCGAUAAUGUCAGCGUCGUCGUCGUUGAUUUGAAGAAAAAUCAGCGGCAGCAGCACUGAU